AUGGAAACUACCACCGCCAUCGACAAUCUCCCAACUGAAUCCAGAACAGGCCGUGAAAACCAACGCUACAACCCCGAAACCGGUGCCAGAAUAGUCGCCGGCUGUGUCUGUCUCAACCCCACCCAUGACAAACUUGUCAUGAUCUCCUCAUCCCAUCGAAACGGAAAAUGGGUCCUUCCUAAAGGAGGUAACGAAUUGGACGAAUCAGAAAUCGAAACCGCAAUUAGAGAAACUUGGGAGGAAGCAGGAGUUAAAGGUAUCAUAAUUGAUGAAUUACCCGUAGUAUUAGAUUCCCGAGGGAAGAAAGCUCCUGUUAUAAAAGGUGAAUUUGAUCCGAAGGCGAUGAUACCGAAGAGUGAGUUUCAUUUUUUUGAAUUGAGGGUGCUUGAAUUGGCUAUGAAGUGGCCGGAAUCGGGACAGAGGGAGAGGAGAUGGUGUACUUAUGCAGAAGCUAAGCUUGAGUUAUUGAGGGCUAAGAGACCUGAAUUGGUUGAGGUAUUGAACCUGUGUUCGAUUGCUAAGGAUACACUGGAGGGUAGAGCGCAUGUUGUAUCCAAUGAAUAUUAG